AUGGCUGUGUCUCUGGGUUGCGCAAUCCAGUCUUCCCUGAAUCAUGGCUCCACGCUCAAGCAGUAUGAUACCGACUGCGAAGUCUUCCGUCAGCGCUUCAGGCAGUUCCAAUACCAGCAAGCUGCUGGGCCUCGUGAGGUUUUUAACAACCUCUGGGAGCUUUGCUCCCGGUGGCUGAUGCCAGCCAUUCGUUCUAAGGAGGAAAUCGUGGAGCUGCUGGUGCUGGAGCAGUUCCUAAAUAUCCUGCCCACCAAGAUAGAGACCUGGGUGAGGCUCAGUCAGCCAGAGAACAGGGAAAGGGUGCUGGCGCUGGUAGAAGACUUACAGAGAGAACUUGACAUGCCACAACAGCAGGGCCACUCGGAAGUGGAAACUUCCAAGGGUGGCUUGCAUUGUUUCCAGUGGACAGUGUUGGCCUAG